AUGUAUAAUGUGUCCCGCCACCAGUCAUUCCUGCCAGACAUGCAGCGACCAGAUGUUCACCCUGGAGAUGCAGGCAGCUUUGAUGAAGCUGCAGCUGGCACAAGGAUGCACAUGCAUGUGGCGAAGGGCAAAGGGGCGCACAGCGAGGGGGCGCUGUCGAAGGAGGUGCAGGACCGCCGAGUGGCAGAGCUUGCAACAAGCGCUGCAACAAAACUCAGGAAACAGGGCAAGCCUUUGCGCCAAGGCGCACAGCAGCCGCCGCCAGCUCAGCUGCCGCCGCAGCCCCCAAAGGGCAUUCUGGUGAGGACGGAGCUCCUGCUGGGCGAGGAGUGCGGCAACAUGAGCGCAGAUGUGCUGCCUCAGCUGAAGCUGGAGCAGAGCUGGAAGCCCGGCCGGUUCAUGCAUGACAUCACCCACGAAGUAUCACUCGUGCUGCAGCUGCCCAUUGAGAGGCUGGACCUCUUAUACCUGCAGUGCCGCGCGUGGACGGGCCGGCUAGCGGCUGUGAUGUAUGUGCCGCUAAUGGGAGGAUCCGUUGUGUCCUGGGACGAGCGAGUGCACGGGCAGACCAUGCGCGACGUAUUCAAGCUUGUCUCGCGCUUCUAUGAUGACCUGGACCCGAUGAGCUCAUGCGAGCUGGAGCUGCAGCUGGUGUCGGAGCAGGUGGCCUCCCCCUUCUGGGCAGCGCUGCCGCCCACCAACGCCCUGCGCAACAUGGCACUGGAGCUCGCAAAAACGGAGGUGGUGCUAAUGGCGGACGUGGACGUGCUGCCAUCAUUAGAAUUCUCGAUGGACCUGCUCCGGCCCAAGAAGCGCGAGCAGCUGCAGGAGCGGCUUCAGGGCGGCUUCGCGCUAGUGCUGCCGCUGCUGGACGUGGCACCCGCCUCCGAAGAAGAGGGCCUUGCCGUUGCCAAACGCCUCGUCUCAGAGGGGAAGAAAGCGGCGGUAAAGGCGCUGCGGGAGGGGCAGGCCAUGAUCCCACACGACGGCAGCCCCGGCCAGCUGUCAGUGCGGGCGACCAACUACAGCGCUUGGGCAGAGACAGAUGUGGAGACAGACAUCGACUUCGAGGAGGGGUACGAGCCGGUCAUGUUAAUGCUGCGGAAGGACGUGCCGUGGUUUGACGAGCGAUUCCGCGGCCCCGACGGUGGCCGGGUGGCGCAAGCCGCUGACUCAGCGCGCCACCUCAGCUUCGCCGUGCACCGCUCGGCCUUCGCCGUGCGCGUUCCCUCCGCCGUGCCAGAACUGGCCAUCUCCGCCGCCGAAGCAAUCUUUGACCAGGUUCUGGACCUGUACCAUGAUGUGCAGGUCAGCAUGGCGAGGCAACAGUAUACACCCAUCGCACGGCCGGCAUGCCCCAUUAUCAAGAAGGAGAUAUAUAUGGAGGCUCCCAAGAGCUCUUCAGCUGAGAGCUCCAAAGGAUUGGUGAACAUGUUGUUUGGCAACCACGGUAUCCAGAGGUCUCAGGCCUGA